AUGCGUUCGGUCUUUAACGAGACAACCAUAGGUCCGAAGGGCACGGUGCCGAUACUCAGAAGCAGCACAAAGAACGCGCGUGUCAAAAGACCUCCGCUCACCUCGACAUCGGUCGGGCCUCGUAUCACCGGGCGUCAGUAUUCCGGCCAGCACUGGUACGUCAGCACCGCGGAAACGACCGACAAUCUGGGCGGCAGCGCCUUUUUGAGCAUGUUCAAAGCAUUUGUCGCGGAGAAUGAUGAUUUUUCCCUGUUGCAAACCGCCGUCAUACGCGGCAUACCGAAUUUUGGCAUUCAGACUGUCGAAGCUGGUUGGAUCAACUACCCAGAUCAAAAGGAGAGCCCACACCUGUUCACGUUCUUCAACACCAACAACUAUCGAACCAUCGGCGAUUAUCUGGCAGGGUGGAACACCGAGGUCAAGGGCUGGGUCCAAGUCGAUAGGCAGUAUUUCCCCGGAAUCGAGCUGGCACCGCUUUCGGUCGUCGGCGGAGAUCAGCACGAGCUUCAUGUUCGGUACCUACUCCACAAUGCCAGUUGGUGGCUCGGGGUCAACGGGCGUUGGGCUGGGUAUUAUCCUGCCAAUUUAUUCACCACAAAUGGCAAUAGCGCGGAGGCCACCCUUGAGACAAAGUCAGAUCGCAUCAACUGGUAUGGUGAAAUCUUCCAAGCAGAGUCUGCAGAGACAACAACGGACAUGGGUAGUGGGCAUUAUGCUGCUGAUGGUUACGGACGAGCGGCAUACAUGCACAACAUCACGUACACUGACAUGGGAGGCAACGAUCAGAAUUACGACGGCUCACAGGGAACGCAGGUGGAUGACCCUCAGCGAUAUAGCAUCGACGCUCACUUUCUCGACAACGGAUCUUGGGGAAGCUAUUUUUUCCUCGGUGGUCCCGGUGCGGGAGGACAAAUCGGAAGUUGA